CGCGGGGCCCCACCCCGCUCACGUGAUCGCGGGAGGUCAUAUGGGUGGGUAUCAUGUGCCUGCCGGUAUUGCCGCCUGCGGGAGCCGCGCCGGGAGCUGCGGGGAUGGGGCCGGUGCUGCUGUUGGCGCUGCCGCUGGUGCUGGGGCUGAGCCGAGCCGCCCCCCCGGACCAUGAGGUGACCUUCCUGCCCGGGCUGCGCAAGCAGCCCUCCUUCCGGCACUUCUCGGGCUACCUCUGCGCCGGGCCGGGCAAGCGCCUGCACUACUGGUUCGUGGAGGCCCAGAGCAACCCCCAGAGCAGCCCCCUGGUGCUGUGGCUGAACGGGGGCCCCGGCUGCAGCUCCAUGGAGGGCUUCCUGAAGGAGCAUGGCCCCUUCCUGGUCCAGCCCGAUGGGGUCACGCUGAAGUACAACGACUACGCCUGGAACAAGGUUGCCAACGUGCUCUACCUGGAGUCCCCCGCUGGCGUUGGCUUCUCGUACUCUGAUGACAAGAAGUACGCCACGAACGACACGGAGGUUGCUCACAACAAUUACCUGGCGCUGAAGGACUUCCUCCGGCUCUUCCCCGAGUACUGCAAGAACGACCUCUACCUCACAGGGGAGAGCUAUGGGGGAAUCUACAUCCCCACGCUGGCCGAGUGGGUGAUGCAGGACCCCAGCCUCAACCUGAAGGGAAUCGCUGUGGGAAACGGUCUCUCAUCCUAUGAGAUCAAUGACAACUCCCUGGUUUACUUUGCCUAUUACCACGGCCUGCUGGGGACCGAGCUGUGGAAAGACCUGCAGGCCUUCUGCUGCUCCCAGGAGAAGUGCAACUUCCACGACAACUCCAACCUCAACUGCACCCUCAAGAUGGAGGAGAUGAUUCAGAUCGUGGAGGAGUCCGGCCUCAACAUCUACAACCUGUAUGCGCCGUGUGACGGCGGCGUCCCCGGGGGCUUGAGGUAUGAGGGUGACUACCUCAUCACCCACGACCUGGGCAACUCCUUCAUCCGCAUGCCCAUGAGGUUCUCGUGGCGGCAGAACCUGUUCCGGAUGCCGGUAGCCCGCAAUAAGGUGCGGAUGGACCCGCCCUGCACCAACUCCACAGACAUCAGCGUGUACCUGAACGCCCCGGAGGUGCGGAAGGCUCUGCACAUCCCUGCCGAGGCCCCGGAGUGGCAGGUUUGCAGCUUUGAGGUGAACCGCGGCUACAAGCGCCUCUACAUGCAGAUGAAUGACCAGUACCUGAAGCUGCUCGGAGCCACGAAAUACCGAAUCCUGGUGUACAACGGGGACGUGGACAUGGCCUGCAACUUCCUCGGGGACGAGUGGUUUGUGGACUCCCUGUGCCAGAAGGUUCAGGUGGCUCGGCGGCCCUGGCUCUACACGGAGAAAGGUGAAAACCAGAUCGGGGGCUUCGUGAAGGAAUUCACCAACAUCGCCUUCCUCACCAUCAAGGGAGCUGGGCACAUGGUGCCCACGGACCGGCCGCUCGCUGCCUUCACCAUGUUCAGCCGCUUCAUUAAGAAUGAGCCAUACUAAAACCAGUGGAGGCAGCACCCGGCUGCCCCCAGCACCUCCUGCACAGCCCCACUGCAGCUGCGCCAGGGCCCCUGCACCACCCACCUGCCCCUGCUGCAGCCGGUGGGGCUCCUGCACCGCUCACCCGCCCCUGCUGCAGCCGGUGGGGCUCCUGCACCGCUCACCCGCCCCUGCUGCAGCCGGUGGGGCUCCUGCACCGCUCACCCGCCCCUGCUGCAGCCUGUGGGGCUCCUGCACCAUUCACCCGCCCCUGCUGCAGCCGGUGGGGCUCCUGCACCGCUCACCCGCCCCUGCUGCAGGCUGUGGGGCUCCUGCACCAUUCACCCGCCCCUGCUGCAGGCUGUGGGGCUCCUGCACCGCUCACCCGCCCCUGCUGCAGGCUGUGGGGCUCCUGUGCUAGCCCGGGCUGAGGAUGGGGCUGCGGGCGGCAGGAGCAGCCCCGCGGGCUCUGCUCUCUCUGGAUAGGGAGCUGUGCGCCUGCUGCAGCUGCCAGCUCUUCUGUGGCUUCCUGUGUCGCCUCUUCCCUGUCUGGGGUGGCAGCUGCUUCCCCCGGGUCUGGCACAGCCGCACACUUCCCUUUGCCCCUGCACGCAGAGCCCUGGGCACACCGAGGCAGGGCCCGUUAGGAAAGCACAGUCCAGGCGGUGGCUGCGGGCAGCUCCUGGAGGGCUCUCAGCUCCAGCCCCGCUCUCCCCUCUGAUGGCGCUGCAGGAGCCAUUCCAUAAGGACAGUCCCACUGCCCGCUCCCUGCCCAGGGCACACAGCGCUCUGGGAACUUGCAAUAAACUCUCUGAACCAGGUGGUUCUGCUC